AUUUUUCCAGAGGGAACUGCCCUCAGCUCCCGGCAGGCUCCCCUACCAGUUUCUCUCUCUAUCUCUCUCUUCCCUGAUCAACCACCACAAGGUAUAUCGAAGAACCUUUGUUUUCCUCCCCCCGUUAUGUUCAUACAUACGUAUCUAUGAGCACAUACAGAAGUAUAUAUGUAUGUAUAUUUCACUUGGGUUUUCUUUUAUCUGAAUUCUUUACUGGUGAAUUGACCGAGUAUAAAUAAAAUCUUGCAACUGUGUAUUUCUGAUUUUAGUGUUUAUACGCCAAAACUAAGCUAAGCGUGUAUAUAUUCGUUAUGGGGGUGAUGGUGGAAUAUAUGCAAAAGAUAUGGCCUUUUUCUACGUUUAAAGUCAAUAAUGAUUUAAGAGCAUCAGAUGGAAUAGUGAAAAAGCUACCGGUGCCUGAAAGUACGAAACAGUUUAUUUAUGCUAUCCGUGACCCUGAAUCGCAGUCAAGUAUCUAUAUACUGUCUGUUCAGAAUUUAUCAGAAAGGUCAGCUUCGGAUGCUGAGUGUCUCAUAAGAGGGGUUAAGCCUGAUGCUGUUGUUGUUCACAUGGGAAGCUUUAAUGAUUCGGACAUUAGGGUAAGCGAGAAUAGUGAAAAUGGUGAUAGCAUUGAUGAGUAUGCCGUUCCAACAUCAUCAUUUGAGGUGUUGAAAAGAUGUUUUGUGCAUAAGACUAAUAGCGAGAAGUAUGAGAAAGUGGCAGGGAGUUUAUUUCUGAAGGAAGUUUUUGGGGUGCGUUUCAAUGCCCAUGUUACGGCUGCCAAGAAGGCUGCUGAGGAAGUUAGUUCUUCAUUUCUUACUCUUGAAUUGCCUUUCGUGAAGCACAUCACUGAUGGAGAUAGUGAAUGUGGUUUGGACACAGGGGUAGAGCAGGUGGUGGAAUCAGGAAAUGAAUUUCUAGGUGCUUUUGGUUUUCAGCCGAGUAAUUUGGCUCGCAAAAGGAAUAUGGUUUCGGAAAGGUCGAGGGGUUUUUAUGUUACGAAUGGUGUUCAGUCUCAAAUGGUGAAGUUGCUGUCUACAUAUUUGGUUCAGUCAAGUAAUAUUUUGAAACUCAGUAGUGAAGAUGUUAGGCCUCUAGUUGAUUAUGAGGCUCCGCAGUUUGCAAAAUCUGUCUAUCCCUUGCUUAUUGAUUUGCAUGACAUAUUUGUUGACAUCCCCUCUAUGGGAAGGGCUCUGGCUUGUGCUCAGAAACUUCUUAGUGAUGUUAACAAGGGAGAAAUUGUUGAUUCCCAGCUCCUAUCUGAAUUUUACUUAUUCCGUGUUGCAAUUGAGGGGCUGAGAAUUGCAUUGAAUAAUGCUGGCCGGCUUCCUUUGAGCAAAAUAGGAGACCCCAUCUUGGCUAACUCUAAGUUUUGCGAUCUUCCUGUGGAGGAUCAGUCACAUGCUAUUCUUGCACAGGCUCUUCAUAACCAAACUAAGAAGUUCAAAUCAAUAGUUGCAGUUGUUGAUGCUAGCGCAUUAGCUGGACUAAGGAAACACUGGAAAACCCCUGUUCCUCCAGAGGUUAAAAGUACAGUUGAAGAGCUCAUAACUAAUUGUGAAGAUAAUGGGGAAAUCCCACACCAGAGUAACAUGAAGCGCCUGUUGGCUGAUAAACCGGUGGUGGCAGUUGGGGCAGGUGCAACAGCAGUUUUUGGAGUCUCUUCCCUCUAUAAAGUUAUUCCGGCUUCAACUUUUGUAAAAAUUGCAACCUUCCAUAUCCCGACUUCACUUAAACUUUUGUUGACUCAAACACAAAAGAUUGUUUUGGCACUUGGCAAGGGUCUUGGUCUAACAAAAGUGGUAGCCCCAGGAAUGGGAAGUACUGCAUUGAAAAGUUCAACCCUGAAGGCUGCUGUGUCUGCUGAGAAAAUCCGAACCAUAUCUCACAGUGUUAUAGCGUCUGCAGAGGAAACUAGUCUUUCUGCCAUGAGAACAGCUUUUUAUGAAAUAAUGAGGAAACGCCGAGUCAGACCCAUUGGAGUUUUACCCUGGGCUACCUUUGGAUGUAGUAUUGCUACUUGCACAGGCUUGCUAGUCUAUGGAGAUGGAAUUGAAUGUGUUGCAGAGACAUUUCCUGUUGCUCCAUCAGUUGCUAGUUUGGGUCGUGGAAUCAAAAGUUUACACCAGGCAGCAGAGGCUGUCAGGCAAGCAGAGAGCUCCAAGCUACAAAGAUCAAUAGAGUCCCUCCUGCACAGAUUUAAGAACGUAAAAAUUCAAUAAUGAAAGAAUUGUACUCGACUUCGAUGCUUAAUAUUUGCUUUCCGGUUAAGCUUAAAAUGGGUCGCGGCAAUUUAUUCUGUAAAUAGAAUAUUAGAAUACUGGAGGUUUCUUUUGCUAUAGUUAUUAUGAGGUUUGUACACAUUAAAACGAUAAAGAGAGAAAAUGCAUGAUUUUGUACGGGUUCUUUUUCUUGGUUUUUUAAAUUAAGAUACUACAUUUAAGGUUAUAAUAUGAGGGGGUGCAUAAUAUGUAUAUUUAUUUCA